GUUGAGGCUUGAAUCAAUUUGAGCAUAGAGAAAGUGUGAGCAGGUGCCAUCCUAAACCAGCGCAAAGGAUUUUGUGGAAAUCUUUUGCAUUAUCUAAUGUUGAUGUCAUGCCGUAAGUUCGAUAUCAACAUGAUGAAAUUUGGCGCGAUCCCAGUCUUUGUCAAGAGAAUCAUCCUUGUAGAGCUAUUUCUCCUCCUCGUCAUCGUGGGAUAUUUUGGUACAAAAGCAGGAGACUCUUUUAUCGAUUCAAAGGAUUUUGGAGCUUCCGAAGAUAUAGAGAGAAGUUCACAUCCUGGAUUUGCUCCUCCAGAUGUUUUCAUCAUGAAGCCUUUUGCAGUCCAAGGGCAACAAUAUCAUAGUCGAAGGAGACUGGCACCAGAAGACCCUGUGCCAAACCCAUCGAAUUUCCGUUAAGUGCCACCCGUUUAAAGGUAGACAUAGAUCUUGUGCUCUGGUCAAAGAAGUUUAGAAAGCGCUGCACAAGCUACUGGAUCAUGUAGCAGAUUGUACUUCUUACAGUACCUAUUGAAAAUUUUCUAUAUUGAUGUACUGUGCUCUCGAAAAGCCGAACUUCCUCCAAGGUGCGCCAUCAAGCGAAUGGUUCC